CUGGCUUCACGCUCGCACCACGCUCACCUCUCCAGACAGAGAACAAAACGCUGCCCUCAGCUUGGCUCUCAGUUUUCUGAAGUUUUCCUGGUGAUUUUAAUAUUUUGCAGAGGCUUAAUCUGAAGGAAAAGUUUCAUAGAAGCGUUGGGAUAUCCGUGAUGGCAGCAAAAAGGAUCCCUCGCUUGAGGAACCUUAUCAAGGCAGCCAGUGGUGGAGCCCCUUAUAAAGAAGACUCAAAAAAGAUAAUUCGCUUUGUUCGGAUGGGAUGUACAAACAGACCAUUUUAUCACAUUGUAGUUGCCGAGCAACACACAAACCAGCACAUGCCAGUGAUAGAACAGGUUGGAACCUACGACCCGUUGCCCAAUGAGAAAAACCAAAAACUAGUUGCAUUUAAUUUUGAAAGGGUUCAGCAUUGGCUAGCAAGAGGUGUCAAUUUAACAUAUCCAGUGGCUGAACUUCUUGGUCUUGCUGGUUAUUUGCCUCUUCAUCCCAGGACUGUUAUGACUGCGUGGAGAAAUAGAUUGCGUGCGAAAAAAGAGGCUAGCGAGGAAAAGAAGGAGUAGUGUAAUUUUUCAAUUAGACUGAUGUGAGAGUAGGAAGUUGAAAAUUUAUUUGCGAAUUUUAGCUUUCCAAAGUAAAAAUUUACUGUGUAACCUUUACUUUAGUUUUGUUAAAUAGCACAAUAACCCAUGAAAAUAAAAUAGCAUUUAGAGUUUCAAAAAUGCAGUGCAACCUUAAAAAAAUAUA